AUGUCGUCUACCUCAGAAGACUUGAAGGGCACUGCCUCCCCUUGGAAACGAUUGUUUGGGGUGAGGGCCGGCGACGGUCGCCAACAAGAAAAGCAAGCGUCUAGUCACUCAAGGUGGAGUUUUGGUGUGCUCAACGACAGGCAGACUGUCGAGGUCCCGGGUUCCGUUUUACUUCUGGCCGCUAACCGCAAUGAGCCCCUUGGUCUGCGUGAGGUGCAUGCCAGGACCUCCCAUUCAUCUAUCCCAACAGGCUUCUUUGUUGACAUGCCAUUGACGCCAGGCGGUUCUCGUCCCGUCGCUCAGGGCCCGCCUGCCACGAAACACGUUGAUCCCAAUGAAGGGAAGAAGAAAACACAGGACGGUGCCAUCAUUCUCGACCCCCAGCCAGAAGACUCCGUCAACGACCCGUUGAACUGGCCUGCCUGGCGACGAGAUACUGCCUUGUUGUCACUGGGCUUUUAUUGCAUGAUCGGCGGCGGCAUUACAUCCAUCAUGGCCGCUGGUUUCACAGACAUUGCCCAUGAUAUGGAUGUCGAAGUUGAAACUGUGUCUCUCACGGUCGGUCUAUACAUGAUGGGCCUUGGUGUAGGCUCAGUCUUCGCUUCUCCAACCGCCAUCCUUUUCGGCAAGCGGCCUGUGUACCUUGCUAGUGUCAUCCUCUUCAUUGCAACGUGCAUUUGGGGAGGCUACUCUCCCAGUUUCCCUUCUCUGCUCGCAGCCAGGGUUUUCCAAGGAGUAGCUAUCAGCCCUGUGGAAUGCCUUCCUUCAGCUACAAUUGCAGAGAUCUUCUUCCUCCAUGAGCGGGCCUACCGCAUUGGCAUCUACACAUUACUACUGUUAGGCGGAAAAAACUUGAUUCCUCUCGUGAGCGCCGCCAUCAUUGGGCGGUACGGAUGGCGCUGGGUGUUCUUUAUUGUCGCAAUGGUGGCCGGCUCAGGCUUUAUUCUCCUCUUUCUUUUCGUACCCGAAACCUUCUGGGAUCGCACACCCAGGCGGAAACCCUCAAAACGCCCCAGCUUUCUUCGACGCCUUUCUUCACGUAGAAACGUACAUAUCCCUCACCAAGCGACCCAAUCUGCGAGAAACUCGGAGGCCCCGGAAAGGCCACCUUCGCUUGGCGCCGAGACUCGUCAAAGGGGACUCCAUGUUGGCUUCGCCUAUGAGACAGCAGGCACCGGCGAAUCUCAACAUCAUGUUCCGGACAGUAUAGGUCAUCUGCACCCCGACUCCGCUGGCCACCAUGUUGGAUUCGCUUCGUCUAGGAAGAACGAUGUGCAGGAUAUCACACACCGCCAAGAUUUAUCCGGCAACGCGCACGGCCAGAUGCCUGCCAUCGUCCCGUCCCCUUCUAGAGAGACGCCGGAACAUAUCGAAGCAGAGCCUAGUCAGCUGGGCACCAAUGCACCACUUGUACACGUGCCUGAAGAGCACUGUGUGAUGGAUGAAACGAGCUCUGUGCACAGCCCGAUUCGAUCACCAAGGUCCAACCUCGGUCAGUCACCUGGCGGACCAGGUGGGCGCUCGCCAUACCUCCACAGUGCAAACCAAAGUGACGCCCAUGUGGAAUACUUCUCUCACGGGCCAAACCUUGACAAUGAAAGAAUUCCCGCGUCGAUACUCAGGUCGCCUCCUAGGAUCAAGGCGUAUACGCAUAACUUGCGACACCAGCCUGCCCAAACGUUUACCCAGCAGCUGAAACCCUACCAUGGCCGGCUCAACAACGACAAGUGGUUCAAAGUUAUGAUCCGGCCCUUCGUCUUGUUUUCCUACCCGGCCGUUUUGUGGUCUGCUGCGGUAUAUUCCUGCUCGAUCGGUUGGCUAAUCGUCAUUUCGGAGACAAUGGCCGUGAUCUACCGAGACCCCGCGAGUUACAACUUUAAUGCGCUCCAAACUGGUCUGGUGUACGUGUCCCCAUUCGUUGGCGGCGUGCUUGGCACCGGCGUCGCAGGGAAGAUUAGUGACCUCAUCGUUCGAGCCAUGUCGCGUCGGAAUGGCGGCAUGUAUGAGCCUGAGUUCCGACUGGUCAUGGCCAUUCCCAUCAUGCUUACAACCUGUAUUGGUCUCAUGGGCUUCGGCUGGUCUGCUCAAGAGAAGGACCAUUGGAUGAUCCCGACAGCCUUCUUCGGCAUACUGUCGUUUGGGUGCUCUCUAGGAUCAACGACAGCCAUCACGUUUUGCGUUGAUAGCUAUCGUCAGUACGCAGGAGAGGCACUGGUCACACUAAACUUUUCCAAGAACGUGUUGCAUGGGCUCGUCUUUAGUCUGUUUGUGACUCACUGGAUGGCUAGUGACGGGCCGAAGCAAGUCUAUAUGUGGUUGGGAAUCAUGCAACUCCUCAUUCACCUCACCACAAUCCCCUUAUUCAUAUUCGGCAAGAGAGCUCGCAUGUGGACGGUGAGAAUGAACCUCAUGGAGAAGUUUUGA